AUGGCCACAACUACGACCACUGUCACAACCACUGUCACAACCGAAGUCACAAAUCACCCUCAGCCGACGACUCCGUCUCCCCGCAGCGCUCCCAUCGGCAUUAUCAUCGCCAUAAUCAUCCUCGGUCAAUGUUACCUCUCGCGUCGCCGCGCGCAAGGACGAGGCGAAGAUCCGGGGUCGUCGGGGGUUGGGUCGUUCUUCUGCAGGAGGAGGGGUGGUCGUCUGCCAACGAGAGAAGCGCAGGGAUAUGGGUUGGAAGAUGUUUCUGGUUCGCAAGGAGGAGGGGAUGGGAGAGGGAGGGAGUUUUAUAGUGUUGUGCCUGAGGAAAGGGGAGUGGAUGAGGUUGAUUUGAAAGGGGGAACGGUUGGGAUGGUGAGAUAUUCUUGA